GUUCUCGAUGACGCUUUACAUUCGCUGGUUUGCUUUGGCGGCCCUUGUGGCCGGGACGGCCGGCGACAAAAUCCAGACCACCCCGAACGAGCGCGACACCCUGUUCGCGCCAACAGCUCCAUCGCCGGGACCCGCUCCCCUGCUAGACAGAGUGCUGCUCGUUGGUCUUUACAAGGACCGGGGUUCGUCCAUCAAGUCCUACGCGCUCUCGGAUGACGGCUCGCUCACCUCGAUUGGCGACUCGAACGCCGGAGGCAAUCCUUCUUGGAUCGCAGCGGCUGGGCCUCGCGGCGAGGGCACCCUCACAAGCUUGCUGACGGUGAGUGAGACGGGGAACACGGUGGCCUCGCUCAGCCUCGGCUGCGACGGCAAGGUCACGGAGACGAGCCGCGUCAGCAGCCAAGGCGCCGGUCCCGUGCACCUCGCAACGGACUCCCUGGGCGAGCACGCCUUCGUGGCCAACUACGGCGGCGGCACCGUGGCGGUCUUCCCGGUCACCCAGGGCGGCGACAGCGCGGUCAGCCUGGGCGAGGCCACGCAGACCGUGGACUUCGGCGCCUCCGCGCACGCCCACUCCACCUACCUCUCGGGCGGCGGCGUCUACGUGCCGACGCUCGGCCUGGACCAGGUGCAGCAGCUGACCUUUGAGGGCGGCAAGCUGUCCAAGGCCCACGAGCCGCUGUCGGUGCCUCAGGACCAGGGCCCGCGCCACUUGGCCUUCCACCCGACGUUGCCCCUCGCCGUCCUCGCCAACGAGGGAAACGGGACCACCCAGCCAACGAUCGAGCUGCUCGGCGUGGACGCCGCCCAAGGGCUCAGCACCAUCGCCACUUACGAAGCCUCCGGGCCCUACAGUCCGCCAGAUCUCUACCCUGCCGAGGUGCUGUUCUCGCCGGGCGGCAGCUUCGUGCUCGUGUCCGUGCGGGACGCCAGCACGCAGAAGCGCGACGGCAUCGCCGUCUUCCAGGUCGGCGCCGAGAGCCUCACCUUCAAGGACUACACGGCAGUGGGUCAUUACCCCCGGAGCAUGACCCUGACAAAGACUGGGUCUCAGGCUGGCCUCUUGAUUGUUGGCAACCAGAAGGACAACAGCCUGACGCUCUUGAACUUUGAUCUCGCCUCAGGCGCCUUGCACAAGGCCGCCGAGGACCUCCCUCUCGGCGAUAGCCCCGCCUUUGUUGGCAUCUUCGAGACAGCCAAGGGCUGUGCGGCGCAAGCGACGUUGGUGUAGGUCGACGGAAAGCCUCAGGCAUUUGUCGGCGGCAUGGACGGCGGCGCAAGCGGCCCGGCCGAGCGGGAGAAAGAGAAACUGUGUUUAAUUGUUUUUAUUCAGCC